CGUGUUCUGCCUAAUUGACCGUGAGCUGCGUGGAAUCCCAAAAGCUGUGCGUAUAUAAAGAUUUCUGGGCAUACCUACCAAGUCUCACAUCACGGCAACAACAUUCGCUCUUCAUUAAUUCACUCUUUUCUUCGAUACGCAAGCUUUCCUGCACGUCAUGUCGUCAUCUUCAUCGAUGUUUUCAUGCUCGCCGUCCGCAUCGCCCGCGGCCGUCAGCACACCAGAAACCCAAAAAUCCGUACUCUUCGACGACGAUGUGGUUGCGGAUCCCCUCGACAUUGCCGGAUCGGAUUCUCCAUUCAUCAUGGUUGUCGGUGGGCUCGGAUAUAUCGGCUCGCAUACAACACUGGAGCUGCUCAAGGAAGGCUACAACGUCCUCGUCGUUGACGAUCUCAGCAACUCAUACGAAAACGUUUUGAGCAGGAUCAGAAUCCUCGCACUCGAAUAUUGCGCGGCACAAGGAAAGCAAAUGCCAACAUUGCAGUUCCGGAAGCUUGACUACAGAAGCUCUCAGAUGAAAGUCGUGCUGUCUGAGUAUUCAUCAUACUGUAUCGGCAGUAAACCAGCACCAAACGCGGUUCGGUUCCCCUUUUCGACGCUGCAGCGAAUGGAUUCCGGUAUCGACAUAGCAAUGGAUGAUGUACAGCGUCCCGUUCUUGAGCGUAGAUCCAGAAUCUCGGGGGUGAUCCAUUUUGCGGCGUACAAGUCCGUCGAAGAGAGUAUCCGGAUGCCACUGAGAUACUACAACAACAACGUCUGUGGGCUAGUAGACUUUCUGGGUCUGCUGGAGGAGUUUGGAAUCAAGAACUUUGUAUUUUCGUCGUCGGCAACGGUUUACGGCGAAGGUGCCAACUGCGGAGUGCCUCUCCGUGAAGAGCUGUGUGUUCAUCACACGGAGUCUUUCGUAGACAACCAAGGAGUUGAACAGAGCGUGCUUCCAGGAGUUAUGGGUCUAACAUCUCCCUACGGACGGUCCAAGUUCAUGUGCGAAUCCAUCUUGGCAGAUCUUGCGGUGUCCGACCCAACAUGGGCCAUUACAGCGCUGCGAUACUUCAACCCGGUCGGAUGUCACGAGUCUGGUCUUUUGGGCGAGGAUCCACGGCAGAAGCCCAGCAAUCUGAUUCCAGUCAUCGCAACAGUGCUGACAGGGACUAAGCCAGUACUGGACAUCUUCGGCACUGACUGGAACACACCCGAUGGUACAGCUGUUCGUGACUUCAUCCACGUAGUCGAUCUGGCUCGGGGUCACAUUGCAGCACUAGCGGCCUCGGCUGCUGGUCGUACCAAAGGCGCCUUCCGUACCUACAACCUUGGUACUGGACGAGGACAUAGCGUCCGUGAGGUGCUUGGGAGUCUGGAAGGAGCGUCCCAGCGGAAGAUCCCAGCGCGGGAAGUUGGCCGUAGACCGGGUGACGUUGGCUUCUGCGUGGCAGAGGUGCGCCGAGCUGAAACCGAGCUGCAAUGGAGAGCAGAGCGGUCUCUGGACGACUGUUCCGGAGACGUUUGGAACUUCACAAAGGCUCGAUGUGCCGGAUCGCGGGAGUCUGAUCCAAUGGUGUGCUAG